AUGACUACAACUGAUUCAAUCUCUGGUCUAUAUGCUUUAUGUGCAUUCAAUCUGAAUAGUGUAGAUCAAAAUUUGAAUAUUGAUCAUUUAAUCAAAUUAAAACAAUCAAACAAUGCACACAAUGGUUUAUUUCGUAUGAUAUGGAGAGAUAAUAAUAAUAAUAAUAAUAAUGAAAUAAAUUCAUCAUCAACUUAUUAUAGUUUUUAUAAAUAUACAUCGAAAUGGUCUGUAGAUAUUGUACCAUCGUCAAAAAUGACAAGAGAAAUAAUGAAAACUUCUAAAACAUGUCCAUCAGAAUCAUUACCGGAUUAUUAUUCACAAUUCGCCACCUUACAUCCAUUAGUUGGUACACGUGUAUGGUCUUUAAACAUGAUUCAUAUUUUAGAAAAUCAAACAACACCAACAACAACAAAUGAACAUACAUUAUUAUUACUUAAACAACCUGGUAAAGCAUUGAAUAUAUUUACAAUGAAUGAUUUCAUUAAUGAAACAAGAGAAAUACCAAUAGAUUUCAUUGUACAAUGGGCUAAUUCAAUUCAUGAUAAUGAUAUGAUUUAUAUUGCUACAAAUAAAAAAAUUAUUUUCACUAUUGAAACUGGUAUAAAAUUAAAACAACAAAUUGUAUAUAGUCAAAAUUUCAAGCAUCAAUUCAAUUCAAAUAUAUUGAAUACAAUAAAUUAUUUCAUAAAAACAAAUGAAAAUAAAAAAUUUCAAAUUAUGGAUAAAUUUAAAAUAAUAAUUGACAAUAAUUAUACCAUACAAUCUUUGUAUAAAUGUGAUUUCAGUAGUAUAUUAUCAGUCAAUAUGAUGUUGAAUGAUCAUUCUACUAUAACAUAUACAAAAAAUGAUUUAAAUAGAAACAAGUUUGCACAAAAUAAAAUGAUUCCAUUUCAUCCUGUGAAAAUAGUUUGUGAUGCAUAUUUCUCAUGCAAAAAUUGUCAGUUCACUAAUCAACAACAUUUUUGUAAAUGGAAUGAUAACAAGCAUAUUUGUUUAUUAAAUGAUUCUUCACAUUCUCAACUUAAAUCAAUGGAUUCCAGUUUAUAUAAUUUUUGUUAUAAUGAAUAUGAUGAUGAUGAUGAGAAAAGUUACAUUGACCAAUCAAAACAAUAUCAUCGACUUCGAGGUUUAUCAGAUAAUAAACUGAAUAACAAUAAAAAUUUAUCAAGAAGAAAAUUCAAAAACAUGAAACUUCCCAAUGAUAAUGAUGAUGAUUUGAAUUUCAUGCUCACUCAUCAUCAACAAUCAACACCGUCAAUGUUCAAUAUGAAAACAUUGAAAUCUGAUAAAUAUAUUACAGCAAUUAAUCAAAAUCAUAGUAGUAAUUCUUCAAAUGAAACAAAUAUUAUUUAUUAUCAUCAUACAACAUUACAUCAUCAUAUAUUCAAUUGUAUUGUUAUAUUGUCAAUUCUUAUUAUAUGUAUAUCAUUAAGUAUGAUAUGUGGUUAUGUAAUAGGUAAUAGAAAUUAUUUUAAACAAUAUAAUAAAGUUAAACGUUUAUUACUCCGUAAUCAAUCAAACUAUCAUCAUCAUCAUCAUCAUGAUCGUUCUUCUCCUUCUUCUUCUGCUUCAGCAUCAGCAUCAGCUUCUUCAUUCUCUGCCACGACUUCGCAUGAUCAUCAACAUCCUCACACUAUUGAUAUGUUCAAUGAUGAUCAAUGUGAUUUGUUUCAUUUCAAUUGUAACGCAUAUCAAUAUCAUCAGCAGCAUCAUCAGCAUCAUCAUCAUCAUCAUCGUCAUCAUCAUGAUGAUGAUAAGAAUUUUGGUCAAUCUACUAGUAAUAAUGAACAGCAACGCCUCGAAAAGCAUAUCAAUAAGAAUGAAAAUCCAAAUAGUAAUAAUAAUAAUAAUAAUAAUAAUAAUAGUAUUAAUAAUGAUAAUAAGAAAAGGAAUUUAAUGAAUUCACAAUACCAUAACAAUAAGACAAGUAAUCUAAUAACUACUUUUAAUCAUAAAAAUAAUAAUCAUAAUAGUAGUAGUAGGAAUAAUGAGAUGGAAAGUAUUUCAGAGAAUUUAUUCAAAAAACACUACUAUACAACAACAAUGCAUGAUUGCUUUUAUCAUCAUUAUAAUCAGUCAAAUGAAACACCGAAUGAAAUUCUAUCGAAUCUAUAUGAUCCAAUAGAAAAUCAACAACCAUCGAGCAAAACAACAAUGAAUAAUAUUAUACAAUUAUAUUGUACAACAAUAGAUAAGCAUAGAAAUAGUAGCCUUGAUUAUUAUUAUAGAAAGUUGAAACCUAUGAAGAAAAUUAAUUCAUUAAUUACUACCAGUACUACUACUACUUCUACUACUACUAUGAAUAUGAAAAGUAACAAUUUACCACAAAAUAAAACAUCAAUAUCAUCAUUCACUUCAACAGUAUGUUUAUCAUCAUUACAACAAACAUCAACAGUGACAACAACAGUGACCAGCACAACAAUCAUAGUUCCAACGAUGAACACAUUUUCAUCUUCUUCCACUACUACUACUACUACAAAUACUAAUCACAUUAUUAUGCCUCAUUUCGCAACAGACCCUUAUUAUUAUUAUUGUUGUACACCAACAACAUAUUCAUCAAGAUUAUGUCAACAAUUUCAAUCUUCUCUUAGAUUUAAAAGUUCAGAUGAUCAGUUACAAACAAAUAUUAUUAGUAGUUAUCCGAAUGAAUAUUAUUAUUACACUUCAAAGGCAAUAAGAUCAUCGGAAAGACCUCCUGUUCAACAUAGAAAUCAUUAUAAUUAUGUGAAUUCGAUGAAUAGAUUAAGAACUACUAAUAAUCAUGAUGAUAAUGGUGAUGAUGAAAUAAUAUCUUAA